AUGGAAGCGUCCACUUCAAAAUACUGUCCACAUGAUAACGUUGCCCGGCCGUUGCGACCUUCGACUUCUUAUCGGAGUACUUGGAAUGUUGCCCAGUCGAAACAACCGAUUUGGUCCGCUUUCGUCGCCUCGCUUCUAUUGGGAAACUCGAAAUCGCUUCUCAACGAGAUCGGUUUCGGCUCGUUAUUCAAUUAUCGGCAGACCGUCUCGCGGAUCUACCUCAACUCGUAUUUGCGGUGUCUUCGAACGCUCGACAGGAUAUUUCGAAAGAAGGAAUACAGUUCGGAAAUUGUUCGAUUACACGCUUCCGGCUGUCAGAUCGUAGACUAUCCGGAUUCAUUCUUAGAAGAUUUCGAGGCGAAAGUUCCUGUGGAGAUACUUGACAAAGUGUUCGAAUAUCUUCCGAGCACUGAUAUUAGAAAUGUGCAAUUGGUAUCGAAGAAAUGGCACAGUCUCGUCAAAUCUCGCCGAAAUCAUUAUUCGAAGAAGGAGAUUGGAUGUCUCACGAUUUCCUACAAUCGCGAUAUUGCUCGAGUUUCGAGCGGUGGUAGCAGCACCGAAAUGUUUGACGGCGCUUCAAGUGUCAAAAUUCCAAUUUCGGAUAUUCAAGUGCAAAACUUGCGCAUUUAUUUCUACAACGGGUUCAAUCAAGAUGAAUCGUAA